UUCCGCUCCACGCAGUGCCUCUGCCACCGCGUCCCGACGUGUCACUGGCGGCGCCGCGGCUGUGGCCAAAGAAGGUUCAGUCUAGGGGAGUUUGAGGCGGCGGGCGGCGGCGGCGGCGACCCCAGCCUGGACCUGCCCCGGCCCGAAAGUGCUCAAGGGGCCGUGGGGAGCAAGAGAGGGAGUCGAUAGUCCAGCCUGCGCGGGGCACAAUGUUAAACAUGUGGAAAGUGCGGGAGCUGGUGGACAAAGCCACCAAUGUGGUUAUGAAUUAUUCAGAGAUUGAGUCUAAGGUUCGAGAAGCAACGAAUGAUGAUCCUUGGGGACCUUCUGGGCAACUCAUGGGAGAGAUUGCCAAGGCUACAUUUAUGUAUGAACAAUUUCCAGAACUUAUGAAUAUGCUUUGGUCAAGAAUGUUAAAAGACAACAAAAAGAAUUGGAGAAGAGUUUAUAAGUCGUUGCUGCUCCUAGCUUACCUCAUAAGAAAUGGAUCAGAGCGUGUUGUUACAAGUGCCAGAGAACACAUUUAUGAUUUGCGAUCUCUGGAAAAUUACCACUUUGUAGAUGAGCAUGGCAAGGAUCAGGGUAUAAAUAUUCGCCAAAAGGUGAAAGAAUUGGUUGAAUUUGCCCAGGAUGACGACAGGCUUCGUGAAGAACGAAAAAAAGCAAAGAAGAACAAAGACAAAUAUGUUGGGGUGUCCUCAGACAGUGUUGGAGGAUUCAGAUACAGUGAAAGAUAUGAUCCUGAGCCCAAAUCAAAAUGGGAUGAGGAGUGGGAUAAAAACAAGAGUGCUUUUCCAUUCAGUGAUAAAUUAGGUGAACUGAGUGAUAAAAUUGGAAGCACAAUUGAUGACACCAUCAGCAAGUUCCGGAGGAAAGAUAGAGAAGACUCUCCAGAAAGAUGCAGCGACAGUGAUGAGGAAAAGAAAGCGAGAAGAGGCAGAUCUCCCAAAGGUGAAUUCAAAGAUGAAGAGGAGACUGUGACGACAAAGCAUAUCCAUAUCACACAGGCCACAGAGACCACCACAACCAGACACAAGCGCACAGCAAAUCCUUCCAAAACCAUUGAUCUUGGAGCAGCAGCACAUUACACAGGGGACAAAGCAAGUCCAGAUCAGAAUGCUUCAACCCAUGCACCUCAGUCUUCAGUUAAGACUUCAGUGCCUAGCAGCAAAUCAUCUGGUGACCUUGUUGAUCUGUUUGAUGGCACCAGCCAAUCAACAGGAGGAUCAACUGAUUUAUUCGGAGGAUUUGCUGACUUUGGCUCAGCUUCUGCUUCAGGCAACUUGACUUCCCAAGGAACAACAAGUGGGAAUGGAGACUUUGGUGACUGGAGUGCCUUCAACCAAGCCCAGUCAGGCCCUGUUGCUUCCAGUGGUGAGCUCUUUGGCAGUGCCUCACAGCCAGCUGUAGAACUCUUCAGUGGCUCACAACCAGCUUUAGGCCCACCUCCUGCUGCUUCAAAUUCUUCAGACCUAUUUGAUAUUAUGGGCUCAUCCCAGGCAACCAUGACAUCUUCCCAGAGUAUGAAUUUCUCUAUGAUGAGCACUAAUACUGUAGGGCUUGGUUUGCCCAUGUCAAGAUCACAGCCUUUUCAAAAUGUUAGCACAGUGCUGCAGAAGCCUAAUCCUCUCUAUAAUCAGAAUACAGAUAUGGUCCAGAAAUCAGUCAGCAAAACCCUGCCCUCAACUUGGUCUGACCCCAGUGUAAACAUCAGCCUAGACAACUUACUACCUGGUAUGCAGCCUUCCAAACCCCAACAGCCAUCACUGAAUACAAUGAUUCAACAACAGAAUAUGCAACAGCCUAUGAAUGUGAUGACCCAAAGUUUUGGAGCCGUGAACCUCAGUUCUCCAUCGAACAUGCUUCCUGUCCGGCCCCAAACUAACCCUUUGAUGGGGGGACCCAUGCCUGUGGGCAUGCCCAAUGUGAUGACUGGUACCAUGGGAAUGACCCCUCUUGGAAAUCCUCCAAUGAUGAACCAGAGCGUGAUGGGCAUGAACAUGAACAUAGGGAUGUCAUCUCCUGGGAUGGGCCUGUCAGGCACAAUGGGAAUGGGCAUACCCAACAUAGCCAUGACUUCUGGAACUGUGCAACCCAAGCAAGAUGCCUUUGCAAAUUUCACCAACUUUAGUAAAUAAGAAAUUGUAAAAAAGCAGAUCGAAUGAAGGAUUUUUAGCUGUGCAGAUAGGUGAUGUUUGGAUGAAAAAUGCUAAUCAAUUCCCCUUUCUUUUAUCAAUUAAUUAAAAUAAACCUACAUAAAGAACCAAAAAAGCUGUUUUAUAAAAGUGAAGUAUCUAAUAUUUCAGAUGGACAGUCAAGGGUACUUCAGAUGAGGCAGUCGGAAUCAUUUUUUUCCCCAGUGAGAAUAGACCACAAAUGGUCUAGUGAGACCAUGAAAAGCCUUUAUAAAUUGAAGAGCCCAUUUUAACAUCAUAAUUUGUGGGAAGACUGAAAUAGGGCUGAAUAAAUGUGUUUGAAUCUCUAAUUUUGUACUUUUCUUUUCCUGAGGAACUUGAUUUUUCUGUCCCUGAAUCCCCUUGUCAUAAUUGGGUCUGUUCCUUUUACUACCACUCUUGAGUCCAUGUAUGAAGUCAUUAAAGUUGGAUGAUCAGUUUUUUAUAAAAAUAUAUAUUUUUGUCCAAAAAAAGCAUACAUAUGUGAUUAUGGCUAAAUCAAAGGUAACUGGACUGUAUAUACUUUUGCUAAUGUUCCAGCAACGUUGCUAUUAUACUAUCCAAAUUUUUAUUGUAACAAAAUCUCUUUAAGCAAUUGGUGAUAGCUAUGGAACUUUGCCUACAUCUUCUGCUGUAGUUAACUUUUGCAGAACUAGGGAAAAUACUUUCUUCAGGACUGCUCUAUGGUUUCCUUUUAAAAAGAAAAGCGUUUAUGUUUAGUAGUCAUUUUAUGUACAAUUUGCAGUGAUUAACUUGGCAAGGCUUCCUUCUGGUUUAUCCCUGUAGCCAUCAUUUCACAGUCACAAAAGAAAAAUAUUUAUUUUUAUUUUUUGAGUGUCUUUUCAAAAAAAAAUGGAAAGGAUCAAAAUCCAUUAAAAACAUAAAUAUAAAUAUUAGAACUCAGCGUUGGUUUUUAAAUUUUAUACAGUAUUUGUUUUAUUUUGGUUUUGAGUAUAUAUACUAUGGUAUUAGUAAGCUCUGGUUCCAAUAGAGAGGCAAUAAAUAUAUAUUAUUAAAGGAGACCCAUAGCAGUCAAAGAUUUUAUUGAUUUAAUGAAAAAUAAAGGAAAUUAAAAUGUUUGUUUUAAUUUUUCCUGCUGUAAUUCUGCAUUAUGCUCACAUGAAAAUCAUGAUUCUAGAGUUUGGAAUGCAAAAUUAAUGUUUCACCCUUAAGCUGGGAAUAUUUUUUAAAAUAAAUGCUAUAAUAUAAGUAUCAAAUUAUUACCUCCUCGCUCUAUGUUGAAAAUUUUUUUAUUAAAUUGAUAAAACUUUGUUUCCAUGUAUUCAUAAUGUUCUGUUAUUCAUAACAUUAAAAUGUUCAUUAAAAUCAGUGUUGAACUGCUUUUUCUUUCAUUCUGUUAGACAUUUGAGAGCGUUUCGGGAAAAAAUAAUUAUAAUUUGGGCAAAGUAAUUUUUAUAAAUAAUUUAAAAUAAUUUAAUGACUUCUCUAUUCUUUCCUAUCAGGCUCUACUGUUAGGAAUUAAAAAUGAAGCAGCAAAGAUAUCCUGACCUGCUCUAUUCUUGCUAAUGUUCCAUCUACAACAUUUCUAAUUAGGCAGAAAUUCAUGUACUUCAGCUAAGUGGUAAUGAAAAGUGAUUCAUUUGCUGAAUAAGAGAUGAGAGAGUGUGUAAUUAGCUGACUGCGGUUUUUAAUCUUUCAACAAUUCAAUGUGUUUAAAUUAGUUUCAAAGAAUAGGAGCUUUCAAGUGUUGUUACUUCAGCACAAUCAAACCAAGCUCUGGUGGCAGCGUAGAAUAUCUUCACUGAUAUUUCAAACCCAUAAUUUUAAAUGAGCUGGGUUGUUUUUUUUUUCCCCCUUUAAAUUGACAGGUAUAGCUUCACCUUUUCAAAUCUAUAUAGUUGUUAGAGGACGUGAAUAUAUUUUGUUUCUGAACCUU